ACUUCCAAAACUUCUCGAAGCUUCGCUCGGUGAUUUAUUCUCACGACAGCGUUUCGCGAUUCCCGAAACGCUCGAAAUUCGCUGUAGUAUUUUAUCGGAGGCGCGCGAAUCGAGCUGUUUAUUUAUACGCGACGUUACAUAUUACUCCACGCCGCUUUUGCCACCGUCACCGGAUGUCUGACAUCCGUUCGUAGACUGUCGGCGAUGCUCAGUAAUAUGUCGAGGUCGCGUAUUUUCAACGCGUUCAGGUUAAUCGCGAGUCGCAGAAGGUCGUGCUCCACGUUGCCGUGCGCCGCGAGGGUCGCUCGCAGGCCGGAAUCCGUCCGGGAUCCGACCGGCAGAUUGUACUCGUGUGUACAACGGCUGUAUUCGACAACGAUGAGCGUAGACAUCACUUUAUAUACAUUACCGAACAAUCAACCGGUCGUCGCGCUGGAAUGCGACACCGCGUUCAAAUCCUUGACGCAGAACGAAAAGUUGUACGCUCAUUACUUGAGUCAAGCGGCAUGGAACGGAGGAUUGAUAGUAUUGGUACAGACAUCGCCGGAAUCGCCGCUGAUAUUUGCGCUGUUACAUAAGAUCUAUCUCGCGGAGCCUAUCGACGAAUUGAAAGAUGCCGCGGUGCGCGCCGGCGUUACCGAGGACGAGUUUACGGCUUUCCUGGUUUACAGUUGCGGGAUAUUUGCAAACGCAGGCAACUAUAAGGCCAUGGGCGAUACCAAAAUUAUCCCCAACUUUUCGAAAAAUGCAUUCGAGACAAUAGUGAAAAAUUCGAAGGCUUACAAGAAUAAUUCCAAGGAGAUACAGGAUAUAUGGGACAACAUAUCGACCGCGGUGUACUCCCUGGACGGCAAAUUGACAUCACUGGGAUUGGCCGACAAGGGUAUCACAACGUACUUCUCCGCGAACUGCACCAAGGAGGACGCGGACAGGGUCAACGCAUUCAUGCAGGACAAAGGAUUGGAAUCCUGUAACGCGAGAUGCUUCAAGACGGCGGUGCGAGAUCCCGCGAGUAACGCCCACGUCGACGUGUAUGAAAUCAGACUGGCGUCCAUAUUGACGGCGGACGAUCCUAAAGUCACGCUGCCCGAGGAAACGUUCGGAAAUGCCAAGUUCAAGAUUACCAGAGGCGACUACGACCAACUCAUGGUGCCCGUCGUGGAGAAUCUCACGAAAGCCAAGGAGUACGCGUCGAAUCAGACCGAGAAAGACAUGCUGGAGAAGUACAUCCAGCAUUUUGUAACGGGCUCUCUGCAGGAUCACAUGGACGGCUCUCGUCUUUGGAUAAAGGACAAAGGGCCGUGCAUUGAGACCUACAUCGGCUUCAUCGAGACGUACCGCGACCCCGCGGGUCAGCGAGGCGAAUUCGAGGGCUUCGUGGCGAUGGUGAACAGGCAGAUGUCCGAGAAAUUCGCGACGCUGGUCAACCGAGCCGAGGAAUUCAUCCCCAAGCUGCCGUGGGACAAGGACUUCGAGAAGGACACGUUCCUGAGGCCGGACUUCACCUCCCUGGACGUUCUGACGUUCGCGGGCUCCAGUAUUCCGUCGGGAAUCAACAUCCCGAAUUACGACGAGAUCAGACAGUCCGAGGGCUUCAAGAACGUGUCGCUGGGCAACGUUAUACCGGCGCACAUGAAGGACGUUCGCGCGAUCCCGUUCCUGUCCGACGUCGAUCAGGAGCUGAUGCACAAGUACCGAGUGGACAGCUUCGAGAUGCAGGUCGGUCUGCACGAGCUCCUCGGUCACGGCACCGGUAAACUGUUCAAGCAGACGGGAGCGAACACCUACAACUUCGAUCGCGACAGCGUGAUAAAUCCUCUCACCGACGGUAAAAUAGACAAGUACUUUUUGAAGGGGGAGACGUACGAUUCUAAAUUCGGCUCCAUGGGAUCGUCGUACGAGGAGUGCAGGGCGGAGGCCGUAGGUCUCUACUUGAGCUUGGACGGAGAAGUAGUGAGCAUAUUCGGCCACGAGGGACAGGUGGCGGAGGACAUAGUCUAUGUGAACUGGCUGUCGCUGCUGUGGAGCGGCUUCGCGAAGGCCUUCGAGAUGUAUCAGCCGUCCACGCGUACGUGGUCCCAGGCGCACGCUCAGGCGCGCUACGUCUUGCUCGGCGUGUGCCUGGAGGCGGGCCAGGACUUCGUCAAAGUUGUCGAAACCGAGGGAGGGACGAACCUCCGUAUGACCGUCGAUCGAAGCAAGAUCUUCACGGUCGGCAGGCAGGCCAUCGGAGAUUUUCUCCUCAAGCUGCAAGUUUACAAGAGUAUGGGAGACGUGGAGUCGGCGAAGAAGAUGUACGACAGAUACAGCGAGGUGCCCGAGAGCGGACCGUACCCGUGGGGCCGCUGGCGAGACAUCAUCCUCUCUCGCAAGGAGCCAAGGAAGAUCUUCGUUCAAUCCAAUACAUUUAUCGACGGCUUUGACUCUAACAACGUGAUACUGAAGAACUACGAGCCGUCGUUCACGGGACUUAUUCAAUCGUGGAUAGAGAGAUUCCCAAGUGCAGACGUGUCUCAAAUAUUGAUAGACCUCUGGAACAAGGACAAGCAUCAUUUUGUGUCGGCGAAUAAUUAAAGAAAAAAAAUCUAUCCGCCCGACGGUUGAACCGGUUAAAGAUUCCGUGUAACUUCCUCGUGUCUGGCCAUUUACUGGAACGACCGACGUUGCACGUUCGAAAAGUUUAUUUUCUACGCAUUUUAUUUCUUACACGAAAUAGUCGUGAUCGUAGUUUCAAGGUUGAAUGUGUACAUAUGGCGUGCGACAAUUUUACUUUUUUAAAGCUGUAUGACUGCAGUUUGUAUUAUAUAUCGUGGUCCAUAUUCCGAUCUGGACGCAAUGUCGUUAAAUUAAUCGUCCUGUCCGAGAAUGCGUUCAGAUUCCCCACCUGGGUUCCAUCCAGAUAUCAUUUAUCCUUGUUAAACAUUCGGUGAACAAGGAUAAAAUGAUACCUGGGUGAACCCGAGACUCGCGGAUAGCUAAUUUAAUGUCAAGUGUCCGAGAUGAGAGAAGGUGCAUUUAAAGUUGGGAAUAUUCCGAGCUUGUGUACGGAAUAUACAAAGAUAACUGAUGUAUUAUAUAAGAUUUAUAUAUAUGCUAUAUAUACAACUUUAUAAAUACAAGUUGAAACAUUUGUAAGUUUACUCCUGUAUUAUUUAAUUAUUUUGAAUAAUAUACGAGAUAAAACAUUA